AUGCAGGACCCACGGUACGAUAAAGAAGAGGGCCGCUCGGUGCCAUCUUCAUCCAGCAACUCCCCUUUCUUCGGGAUGGACAACGCUACACAGUCCCACACACUCUACAUGCCUGUAGUCUCCCCGCCUACCCCCGCACCCUCACCAGGCCCCAUCAUGACACCCAGCUACCCCUACGAGACCGGCUUCCCACCCAUUACAGGCAGCCAACUCGCGCGGCGCCAGUUCCUCGCGAACGUCCUCGCCUCCUGCACCCCUGAAGAACUUCUCUUCGUCUCAGCAACCAUCGCUCCGCGGCUCAAGCGCGACUUUUUGCUCUCACUCCCCACAGAACUCUCCCUGUACAUCCUCUCGUUUAUUGAUGAUCCGAGGACCCUCGCCCGGGCUGCGCAGGAGGAGUCUGUGUGGAAGGGGCUGUGUGAGUCCUACGGAUACGAAAUGGGCGAUGAUUCCGAGUCACAGAAUCACGGCGGAGUCGGAAAAGGGAAAGAGAAGGACGACGGUUCUCUUUCUUAUCGUCGUUGCUUCAAGAGCUCGUACAUCACCAUGUCAAAUUGGCGUAAAGGAGGGCAUCUACUACGUUCACAUCGUAUACCCGUGCUCACGCCAGAGAGCGGCGUGGUGACUUCUCUGGCUUUGGACGGCGAUUGGGUCAUAUUGGGCCUCGCCAACGCCAAGAUCCAUGUUUAUAGCGCCACCACCGGUGUCCUGGCAAAGACGCUCGUCGGCCACGAGUCGGGCGUAUGGGGCGUGUGUUUGGUCAGUAAAGGUGGAUGGCGGGUACCAGAUCCGAUCCAGGAUCCCCCUCCUGCCGCAGAUCGAAGUACACCGAGUGGACGGCGAUCGUUACGACACAAGUUGGCUCGUCUGAGCCUCGACAAUGCACCGCUAUCGGGCAUGGGCGACUACCUACCUGCCUCUCUUCGUAUCGCUGUUGGGCUGGACGUAAUCGGGGAUGAAGAUCCAGAAGAGGAGGCGGAACCCGAACCGCGGCCGCAGGCGAAGAGAAAGUUUAGCGACAUGUGUUACUCAUCGGUCGGGUGGGGCCAGCCGUCCUCUAUCAUCGUGAGCGGUGGGUGCGAUAAGGCGCUCAUGGUUUGGGAUGCUCUAUCCGGGCAACGGAUCUACCGCCUGUCAGGCCACACGUCCACCAUCCGGUGUAUCCGAGUGCUACAGAAUCGUCCGAUCGCAGUUUCGGGCUCUCGAGAUGCUACGCUGAGAGUGUGGGAUAUCCAGCGAGGGCGGUGCUUGCGCGUACUGGAAGGACAUCAGCAGAGCGUCAGGUGCUUGGAUGCGUGCGGGAACAAGGUUGUCAGUGGGAGCUAUGACACGACCUGUCGGAUAUGGGACGUGGAUACAGGCGAAUGUCUGCACGUACUCAGCGGGCACUUCCACCAGAUAUACUCUGUCGCGUUCGACGGGCGAUACGUCGCUUCCGGCGGGCUAGACACCACCGUUCGGCUAUGGGACGCCAACACUGGAGAAUGCAUAGCGCUUCUCCAAGGCCACACAGCGCUCGUCUGCCAACUCCAGCUCUCCCCCAACCUCCUCAUCACAGGCGGCUCCGACGGGCGCGUGAUCAGCUUCUCCCUCGACACGCUGACCAUCUCCCACCGCAUCGCCGCCCACGACUGUUCCGUCACCUCCCUCCAAUUCGUCGAUGCCGGAGGCGACAAGGAGCGGUUCUUGGUGACGGGGGGGAAUGACGGGCGCGUUCGGCUGUAUGAUGUUGAUUCGGGGAAUUUUGUGAGAGAGUUGAGUGGGGGCGAGACUGUGUGGAGGGUGGUGGUUGGGUGGGGCGUGUGUGUGGUUGUGUGUAAGAGGGGUGGGAAGACUGUGGUGGAGAUUUGGAGUAUGAGGCCUGGGAAUGAGGUGGAUGGAGAGGGAGAGGGAGGGGAGGAUGGUCUCCCAUCUGAGUUGAGGAGGGGUGUUUUGGAGAGGAGGAGGAGUCGCGUUUUGGCUUCUGGGUGGAAGGCUUCGUCGUCUGGUUCUGCUUAA